AAUUUCAAAGAGAGUGAUUCUUUAUUUAAAAAAAUGCGAAUAAAAGACCGGCUUAAGUUUUUGUUGUUUAUUAACAUAAUAUUUAUUUGUUUAUUAAAUGAUAACGUGAGCGUAGCUAAAAAUAUUAAUAAGGCUUAUUUGAUUGAAGAACAAAAAUUUUUAACUUGGCAGAAUGCAUUGGACUAUUGUAAAAAUAUGAGCAUGACUCUAUUUAAAAUCGAAAACUAUGAUGAAUUUGAGUAUUUAAAAUCGAUUAUAAAGGCCAAAUAUGGUCGUAUUUUCCCCUACUGGUUGGGUGCCUAUAAAAUAAAUGGUAUUUUCAAAUGGGUUGAGACGGGAGAAAAUGUUAAAUUAUUCUUAUGGCAUGCUGGUGAACCAAAUGAUAAAAGUGGUCAUGAAAAGUGCAUACACACCUGGGAGGAGGAUUUCGAUUGGAAUGAUAAUGAUUGUGAAAGGGAAUUGCCAUUUAUAUGUGAAUUAAAAGAUUGAAAACAAGUAUUAUAGGAACAAUUUAAUAUAUAGAAUAUAUCGAUCAUUUAUUAAUAGACUGACCUGACUCAAAACAGAAAAAAGCUAAAUUUAUAAAUAAGUCUUGGUGUUUGGAAAAAAUUAAACCAGUUUUUAAUAAUAGAGUUUAAUAUGUGUCUCAUCUAAAUUUAAAUUGAAUAUCAUUAUACCCUGCAUCACUAUUGUGGGGUGGAUAUUAUGCGCUUGUGCUGAUGUUUGUAUCACGUCCUGCACCCACUUAAAUUAUAUCAAUCGACUCAGACUUUCACUUUCUGAGUAGAUUUCGCUAUGUCCGUCUAUCCGUCCGUCUGUCUGUCCAUCCAUACAUCCGUCCGUCUGUGUGUCCAUGUAAACGUUGUGCGCACGCCGCAGGUCCCAAAUUUUAAUUUGAUGAAAUUUGUCACAAACUCAUCUUUUGACUCAAGGACAAAGCUUAAGUUUUAAACCUUUAACAACAAAAUCCCUCUUACACCGGCAAUAAUAUUAUAUUUAACUGCAAAAUAGUUCAAGAUGUCUUAUAGUAAAUGAUAACGUUAUUAUUAGAAAUUAAUUAUUACAAAAAAUAAACAUUAUUUUGACAUAA